UGGUCUGGUUGAGUCUAUUUUCUUCUCUGUACCAAGACAAGGUCACAUCUUUCUGGUUCUUUACAGAUCACACCACUGAACAACUCGAGCUUUAGAGAAAUGAACCAUUUGCUCGGAUGGAGAAGGCUCGCCAGACUGACGUUCAUUCUGCUAUAUUUCGUCAUUAAUGUACUCUGUGCUUCCCAGCAAACAGUCCAGUCUGAGACUCAGCAGGUGAAAGGCAUCGUGGGACAGUCUUUCUCUUUUCAAGAGAGGGUGAUCAAGUCUGGCAAUUUACUUUAUGGAGAACUUGGCAGUAUUGCAAAUGUGUUCCCUGGUAAAGAAGGCAACAUCACCCUUGAGAAGAGAUUUGAAAACCGCCUCCACUUGAACAAUGUUACAAGAUACUUCACUCUGUCAGCCCUUCAGAUAGACGAUGCUGGGGUUUAUACUGUUGAGAAUAUAGACGAAGAGAAAAAAACAACAACAUUUGAGCUCACUGUAUACAAUUCUGUUUCCAAACCUCAGGUGACAGAGUGUGACAGCAGCUCCUGUAGUGUGGUGUGUUCUGUGGACAAUGAAAAAGAGGUGACCUUGACCUUGUACAGGGGAGAGGAAAUACUAAACCAGACCAGCAGUCCUGAUCUCAUCACUGAUCUUUCUCUCCAUUUGGAGGUAGAGGUAAAGAACUACAACUCCACCUACAGCUGUGUGGCUUCCAACCCUGUCAGCAAUGAGACAGUUCUUGUCCCAAAAUGUUGCAGUGAAGAUGGUCGUGCUAAUGAUGCAGACAGUGGCGAGAUGACUCUGGGUGUGCUUAUUAUUGCUGUAUUCUGCAUUCUGGUUGCCUCUGGGCUGGUUGGACUUGCAAUCUAUCUAAGGAAGAGUAGAAAUGAACACUCACAAGGCAGGAGGAGCGAACAGCUAUACAAGAACUGAAAUGGCUUAGAGACAACCCUGAACUGACAUCGGUUUACUAUACACUCCAGUUACAUCGCAGCGUUGCCAGCGGGGAUGUUGACACAGCGACUUUCCAUUUUGCUCCUUCAUGCUGAGAGGCCAACAUGAUAACUCAUAUCCUGGAGAGGACGGUAAAUGUCAUAAGGAGGACAUUGAAAUAUUCACUCAGAAAACCUUUUAGAGACAAAAUUGUUAUGGGAGAACAUUCCCCUGGAACUUUUGCACUGAUGUUAUAAUUUCAGGCUUUCUUUGCAGGUCAUUCUGUCAAAUAGGGGGCUCGAUGACAUCCACUGAUAAGGACCAAUUCAAUAGCUAUGCAUUGAGUAAUUAGCAGGAUCAGGAUAAUCUCUCUUUUCAAGUGCCUUUUAUCCCAAAUCCCAAUGUACAGUUUAGGUUCAAACAAAUGGAACCUCUUUUAAUACAAUUCACUAGUGUGUUUGCUAUGUUACUGCUGGGCCAAAGCUUAUUUUUCUGUUCUGUCUGUUCUGUUGUUUAAAAUGUAGGUGCCUCCCCUGUAUCUUUUUAUAGCUGGUCAUUGUUUAGCUUGCCAGUGGAUAGCAGCUGUGUACAUCAUAUAAAAAGAGCAGGCGUUUGAGAUAAAACCACCUACUCCUUAGAAGGUAAGGCUGUUAGGCUUCUUUAGAAACAAAAGGUCCAAAGAUGUGUUUUCCUUUCACCGUGUAUGUUGUAUUGAAACAUUUCUGAGGGGAAGAUUUUCCGUUUUUCUGUUUGAUCUUGAGUGACAUUUUAUCGCUUUUUGCAAAAUUUAGGGCAGGGAUAAAUUGUAGCUUUUAAUUUAGCUCAUUUCCUUUAUGAUGGACCAUUUAUUAAUUGUCCCAAUCUAUGUAGCACAUCAACCCUUAAUUAGAUAUUUGAUGGUGUAGCUACAUUAUUUAUGGCCUGUAUGUGUCCCAUAUAUGCAGUUGAAGUCGGAAGUUUACAUACACUUAGGUUGGAGUCAUUAAAACUUUUUCAACCACUCCACAAAUUUCUUGUUAACAACACGUUCCACGUGU